AUGUUAUUUUUGCAGUGUGAAAUGCAACUACCUCGUCUCACUCUCCGUCAUCCCUCGGUCGACGCAAACGCAAUGCCGUUAUUACUGGAUGGAGAGACGGAGCUUCCGAACGAGUUUCUCACAAUUCGUACUGCGCAACGUCGAUGGACCGAAUCAGAAUCAGUACGUUUUCAGUUCGAAGACUAA